GCAAUGAAUCCUGGGUACUCCCCUGAAGCUUACCCUGCAGAGACGGUCGGACUGCAGGACAGGAGACAAGAUGGCUUCCCUGGACAGCCUGGGGGUCCUAGAUUUGCUCAACACACUCCUGACCCUCUGAAGGAUCAUCUCGUCUGGUCGCUGUGGAACUUUGUCUAUGGAAAUUGUUUCUGUCUUGGAUUGACAGCUCUCAUUUUUUCCAUCAAGUCCAGAGACCGCAAGGUGGUUGGAGAUCAAGAUGGUGCCCGACGUUAUGCCUCCACUGCUCACAUCCUCAACAUCGUGGCCACAAUUCUGGCAUCCAUAGCUGUCUUUAUUUUCUUUGUUGUGCUCAUUGCCGUGAGCGUUCAGUUUCGAAGGUUAUGAUAAAAUAUGAAGCUAUAGUUGAUAAUAAAAUAACAAAAGAACUGAACUUCCCAUCACUAGUUCAUUAUGUUUCUUAUAGAGUAAGAUGUUAUUCAAGCUACUCAUACAAUUAUAAGUAUUACAAACAUUCAUUACAGUAUGAAGGACUGCUGUUCUGUUUUUGCUUUUGUACCAAAGUAAAACUGUAGUAGUACUAGUAGUACGGUCUAAGACAGU